AUGGCUGAUAUGACUUCAACAACAAUGUUAAUGCUCUCCAAAGAAAAGCAAAAAGUUGAUGUAAUGAUACUCAAUAUUCAUUCAUCGAAUAUGCCUACUUUUGAACUCUUAGCUCAAGCUGUGGCUUUGGAUAUAAUUUCACUCAUUGUAUAUGAUGAUUACAAUGAACUCGAAGCAAAGAAAACUUUGGACAUGGGAGCAUAUCUUUACCUUAAGAAGCCAUUUGAUGAGAAUCUUGUGAAAUACUUGUGGCAAUUUGUAUGGAGGAAAAGAAUACUAAAGGAGAAAGCAAAAGAAGGAUCGAUUGCUGAUAAUGACAUGGGUGGAGAAAAUGAAGAACAAUUCGAAAAGAAGAAAGAUGUGUCUAAAACAGAGGUUGUUAGGCGAAAGGACUACACAAAAUGGACUAACAAUCUUCAUGUCAAAUUUAUGAAAGCUGUAAAACAACUUGAGAAAGGACGUUGUUAUCCCAAGGAUAUUCUGCACGUGAUGAAUUUUCCUGGCCUUACUAGGAUGCAAGUUGCUAGCCACCUUCAGGUUCAACCCCAUUACCUCGGCAUUGGCAAUCCAUUUUAUAACCCAUUUUCAUCUGCUCAAAAAAAUAUUGGUGGUGAGCUAAAACAACAACAUAAUCCAAUUUUUGGAAUGCUGGGUUCACAAGAACAAGAAAAUCCAAUUAUGAAAAACACUCAUUAUGGGCCUAACUCAGUGCUUAACAGUGAAGAUCAUCAUUCUGAAAAAGAACACAACUUUGUUCUCAAUAUGGCCAAAGGAGCAACAAAUAUGAAUGCAAAUUUCCAGCAGUAUCAAGGAAGUAAUUCAUGUGUGAUGGAAAAUUGUGAUGUAUAUUUCAGUCUCAAUAAUGUGGAUUAUGUUUUUCAGAGUCUUGGACCUUUGGGUGCUAACCUACCUAAUGAACAAGAUAGUGAAUUUGAUCAAGUUUACUCUGAUGAUCAGAAUCUUGGACCUCCUGAUGCUAACCUACCUAAUGAACAAGGUAGUGAGUUUGAUCAAGUUUACUCUCAUGAUUAG